CGGUGUCUGUAACGUUAGACUUACGAAGUAAACAUGUUAAACAUAGCGUAACGUUACUAUUAAAAUUACUGUGAAACAAACAAACUUAACCGUCAGAUACAUUUUUGUGUGUCAAAGCUGCUUACAAGUGGCCAUAAGACUAACCGUAGAAGAAAACUAAGCUGAUUUGAUAUAAAUGUUUAACAGUUGUUCAAAGGGAUAAUUAAUUGUGAGCAUUUACAAUAAAAUCAACGUUAAUUUUAUAAGAGACAAAAGCAAAUAGUCUGCUUUUACUUCCAUGGGGACGUCCCGCCCUCAUUACGCUGAUUGGUUAGUUAUUAAGGAAGUAAUGAAACGCCUCGCUUCAAUUGGCCAAGAGACGUCACGUGACAGGAGGAGUGCACCAUGUGUUCUUACUGAUAUGUAACUGGCGUAGGGUCUCGUCCGGUAUUAAACGUUAUAAACCAAUUCUAGCUUUAAAAAAUAUACAUAUUCCGAUUCGGUAUUGUAUUGAGCUUGCAUCAGCUAGUGUCGUUAGCUGGUAACUUUAUCAAUGUUCACAGAUGGCAUGUUCAUAGCUUUCAAAUGACCGUGACAGUACCUUGAGUUUUCCUGAGCCAGCCUUCAAUGAGAUAAGUGCUCCAUUGAAUAGCUUUUAGUUGGCCACACAAUCCGGGCUAAAGCAAGGAUUCAGUUACGUGCCUUCCAGACCCUCUCCAUCUGUCUCUUCCUUUUUCUUUCAUUGCCUUUCUCCUGUGUUACAAUUUUUGGCUGAAUGCAGCAGGCGUUGCCUCGGAUCAGUAAAGUAGUUAAGAGGGUUCAGCGAAUUGGUAGCCAAAUCAUCCCAAUGGCUCAGAACUGCACUGCGUCCUCCACACAGAAAGAUGGUGCUGUCACAGCAGCUAUUCUCAUCAUAGGAGAUGAGAUCCUCAAGGGCCACACUGUCGACACUAAUAGUGCUUUCCUGUGCCGUGGACUUCGCAAGCUUGGCGUCACCGUAGAGCGAAUCACUGUCGUACCUGAUGUCCAGGAAGUCAUUGCUAAAGAAGUGGCACAGCUUUCCUCCGCUGUUACUCACCUCAUCACGUCCGGUGGCAUCGGUCCCACUCAUGACGAUGUCACAUUUGAGAGUGUUGCGAUGGCAUUUGGCGAAGGUCUGCACGCUCACCCUGAACUGACAAAGCUAGUGGAGGGGUUCUUUGGCCCAGACACACCCAGUAGUGCCCAAAUGAAGCUUGCCAUGGUUCCAGUUUCAGCCAAACUCAAUUUUGGCAUAGACCCUCAGACAGGCCAGCGAAAUCGUUUCCCUCUUGUCAGUGUCCACAACGUAUACAUAUUUCCCGGCAUCCCCUCUCUGCUGGAAAAGGCUUUCAAUGGACUGGCCCAUCUGUUUUCAGGUUCUGGGACCACCUUUCACACCCGUGAGGUGUUUGUGGAUGCAGAUGAGACUGAUAUUGCCCAGUGUCUAACAAAACUGCAGGCAGAUUGGGGCAAGCGUGUCUCUCUGGGCUCUUACCCAGACUGGCUUAGUAAUUAUCACCGUGUCCGAUUGGUUUUGGACUCUGGCAGUGCGGAAGAGGUGGAACGAGCAAGAACUCAACUGAUAGAAGAGCUACCUGAAAGAUCUGUGGUUCCUCUCAUCACUGACCCAGUGUCAGUCGCAGCUGAAGAGGUGUACGCACUCUCGAAAAGCGAGACGAUGCUUGGGAAGAAAGUAGCUGCAGCAUUGGGGACCAUUGAGAUGGCGAUGGAGAAAUACUUGACUAAUGAAAUCUGUGUCGGCUUCAAUGGUGGCAAAGACUGCACAGCUCUACUGCAUUUAUAUUAUGCUGCUCUGAAACGGCGGUAUCCAGAUAGUAAAGACAGAUUGAAAGCUUUGUACAUUCGAAUUGUCUCUCCUUUUCCAGAAAUGGAGAGGUUUUUGCAGGAUACGAUUAAAAGAUAUGACCUGGAGCUGUUCUCGGUGGAGGGCAGUAUUCGGCAGGCUCUGCAUGAGGUCCGGGAAAGGAGGCCAGAUUUAAAGGCGGUUCUAAUGGGAACGAGACAGACUGACCCUUACUCGCACACACUGACACCCCUCUGUCCCACAGACCCGGGCUGGCCUGAAUACAUGAGGGUCAACCCACUGCUG